UUAGUUAAGAGAAUAUAGAGGCAUAGAUAGGUCAUGACCGGCCUCACACUCCAGUACAGUAGGUGUAUGCGCCUGUCAGUUGGUUGCGAUUCGCCCAUAAAAUGCAAGCGCAAAGAUGUUUACAGCUUCGCUGAGGAGGACGACGACGGAGGGAGGGAAGGCUUCGGUAGCUACAGAGUCGUCCAUUUUGUUUCAGUUGAGUUGGUCGCUGCAUGAAUCUCUAGCAAGGACAUUAUAGGGGUGAGGAAAGAGAUUGGGAUUUCUGAUCACUGAAGAAGUUGCAUGAAAGAUGAGUGGAAUCAAUGUGAAGAAGCUCAAAGUCAACGAGCUGAAGGAGGAGCUUCAGCUGCGAGGCCUGGAUACUCGUGGGCUGAAGGCGGAUCUUGUCGUAAGGUUGCAGUCAGCACUUGAGGCCGAGGCUGCAGGUGAAGUGGACGGGCCACCGAGUGCCGAUGUUGGAGAGGAGGGGGAUGAGCAACACAAUAUUUGUGGAGACGCUGGAGAUGGUGAUGGCCACUCCGAUGAAGUUAAAGAUGAUGGGGAAGAAGAACAAGAUAUUGAGGACAAUGAAGUACAGUUAGUCCCGCAGGCAGAAGAGAAACAGUUUGAUGAGGCGAAUGGUGAUGGUGAACAGAGUGAAGAAGACCGCCAGGAUGGGGCACAGAUGUAUGGUCAAGUCCCUGCAAUGGGAUAUGGGAUGGUCGAUUUCACCGAAGAUGUGAUGAAGCCACAGAUUCCGCAGGCGUGUGAGUCAGACAAAAGACAAGAGCCACAGUUAGCAAUGCCAGAGCCGCAGGUGUUAGAAGCAGAGAUGGAGGAACCAGAUAUGGAAGAACCGGAGAUGGAAGACCCAGUGCAACCAGAACCACUGGAGUCGGCAUCAAUUGAGCCUGAAGCAAAGCCUGUGGAGAUGCCUGAAAUUAAGACAGAGGAGUUUGUGAUGAAAGUGGAGUUGAAAAAGGAGCAGGAGCAGUUGAAGGAAGAGAAGGAGCCACAGCAGCCAAAGGCUCAUCUUUCAGAGCCAGCCAAUGAAUGGGAGGCUGAGCAGGCGACCCAGGCCAAAACGGAAGAUGACCGAUACAGCCGUAAGAGGCCAUACGAUGAAGGCCGUGGCUAUGGAUACUAUGAACAUCGGGAAGAAAGAAGGGCACGUUCUCCCCAGCCUCCAGCAGAGGAAGAGGAAGAAGAUUUUGAUGACACUCUUGUGGCUAUUGAUACUUAUAAUUGCGAUCUGCACUUCAAGGUAUCGCGUGACAGGUAUAGUGGAUACCCGCUCACCAUCGAAGGUUUUGCAUACCUGUGGUCAGGUGCACGGGUUUCCUAUGGCGUCAACAAAGGGCGUGUCUGCUUUGAAAUGAAGAUAAACGAGGAGAUCUCUGUGAAGCACCUUCCCAGCAGUGAGCCUGAUCCUCAUGUAGUGCGCAUUGGCUGGUCCCUGGACACCUGCAACACACAGCUCGGUGAAGAACCAUUCUCUUAUGGCUAUGGAGGAACUGGCAAGAAAUCUUCCAAGUGUAAAUUUGAGGAUUACGGGGAAAAGUUUGGUGAAAACGAUGUCCUUGGGUGCUACAUUGACUUCGAUAGCGGUGAGGAAGUGGAGAUGGCCUUCUCAAAGAACGGGAAGUGGUUGGAUGUGGGCUUCCGUGUGUCACGGGAGGAGUUGGCUGAGCGGCCGCUCUUUCCCCACGUUCUUGUGAAGAACUGUGCCAUUGAAUUCAACUUUGGCCAGAAAGAGCAGCCCUUCUUCCCCCUGCCCGAGGGAUACACCUUCAUUCAGAACGUCCCUCUGGAGAACAGGAUGCGGGGAACAGUUGGGCCUGCCACCAAGGCUGACUGUGAGCUGUUGAUGAUGGUUGGCCUGCCUGCGUCUGGGAAAACCACUUGGGCCUUGAAGCACGCGGAGGAGCACCCUGCAAAGAAAUACAACAUCCUGGGCACCAACACCAUAAUGGAGAAGAUGAAGGUGAUGGGGCUGCGGCGUCAGAAGAACUAUUCUGGUCGCUGGGAUGUCCUGAUCCAGCAGGCCACACAGUGUCUGAACAGGCUGAUCCAGAUCGCUGCCCGCAAGAAGCGUAACUACAUCCUGGAUCAGACAAAUGUAUAUGGAUCAGCCCAGAGACGAAAAAUGCGUCCUUUUGAAGGUUUUCAACGCAAGGCUAUUGUAAUUUGUCCCACGGACGAGGAUUUAAAAGAGCGAACGUUAAAGCGAACUGAUGAGGAAGGGAAGGAUGUUCCCGAUCAUGCUGUAUUAGAAAUGAAAGCCAACUUUGUGCUCCCAGAAGCUGGUGAGUUUCUUGACGAUGUGACCUUCAUCGAGCUGCAACGAGAAGAGGCUGACACGCUGGUAAAGCAGUACAAUGAGGAGGGCCGCAAGGCCGGCCCACCCCCAGACAAACGCUUUGACAACCGCCAAGGAGGAUUCCGUGGUCGCGGUGCACCUUACCAGCGCUAUGACAACCGUGGUGGCCCCCAAGGUGGAAGGGGAGGCUAUCAGAGUCGUGGUGGACCCCAAGGUGGCAACUUCAGAGGAGGGUAUAACCAUGGAGGCUACCAACAGAACCGCUGGGGGAACAACCGUGAUGGUGCUGCAGGAGGACAACGUGGCUACAACCGCAACCAGCAAUCUGGAGUGGGCUACAAUCAGCACCGCCAAGGACAAUAUAACAAGGGAGCAACUGGGAGUUACAGCCAAGGACAGCCACAGACAUACAAUCAAGGCAACUACAACCAGGGUUACAACUACGGCAGCUUCAGCCAGUACCCAGGUUAUAGCCAGAGCUACAGCCAAACUCCCGCUGCUGCUCCUGCUGCCACUGGACAGACCUACAACCAGCAGUAUCAACAGUAUGCACAGCAGUGGCAGCAGUAUUACCAGAACCAGAGCCAAUGGAAUCAGUACUACAACCAAUAUGGUAACUACAGCCAGGGUUCUCAGGGCUCCCAGGGCACACAGUAGGCCUAAAGUAGUGCACUGAUGAGAUGGAUCUCAUUCCCUCAGCAGCAUUCCAUUGCUUAUCCUGCCUGCAGGCUACACCUCUGCCUUUUCGUUCUCAUACCCUUGAUGAUUAGUCUUCCCUUUCUUAUAGCUUACAUUUUCACAUUUUAUUAAGGGUCUAGUUGUUUUUCUUACCUGUUUUUUAGAUACAGGAUUUUUGUUCAUGCCACGACACAACGUUAGUAUUAUUUUAGCAGUAGGUCCUGCAACAAUUUAGUAACAUGUAGCUUAUUUGUCUUGCCUGUUGUAGACCCUGGCUAUUUGAAAUGAGCAACAGUGGUGUAGUUUAGCAUGCACAUGUAGUGCACUUUUCAGUGUUGUGCAGUGAUUGUUUAUUAGAGCUCAUAAAAGGUAGCUGGGAUUUGCAUGUGUACAUUUCAAUGUGUUUUUAAGAGGGAUGGAAUAUUGUUGGACAACAUUGUUUUUGUUUUCAUAUUUUGCCGUUGACACAUUACAUUUUUAGUUUUAGAUUCUAGAUCAAAGAAUCAUACGUUUUUAAAGAAAUUGGUGGUCUGGACUUUAUCAUUAUUCUCAUUUUGAUUUCACCCAUGAAUAUUCUUGAAAACAUACAUUUUGAUUACUUUUUUCUAUAACCUGUAUAAAGAGAGAGUGAUUGUAAAACCCACAUUUAUCAGCAUUUGUUUCACACCAUUUAAAAAAUAUUCUGUAACUUGUCCCUCAAGUAGUUUUUGAAUCUUGUGAUCAUUAACUAGUUUUAAUGUGUGAUUGUAAAACUUUAUACCAUGUAUGUAAAACAGCAUCUGCAUGUGGUUCUGUGUUCAAUCAAAAUGUAAUAUUUUUGUAUUUGAGAAUAUAAUCUGAAGAUUUUUA